AUGACUUCACGCGAUGGUUACACAUGGACUCCUGCAUCCGGCCUGACAUCUGGUGUGCCAACCCUCGGUUCCAUCAGCCCUCCGAGUAACGUCUCUAGCUCGGAGAUUUUGUACGACGUCAUUGUUAUCGGCGCUGGAUACUGCGGUCUUACAGCUGCACGCAAUGCUUCAGCCGAAGGAUUGAAGGUCCUCCUACUUGAAGGUCGUGACCAUAUUGGAGGUCGCUCAUGGUCUUCAAAUAUCGACGGCUACCCUUUCGAGAUGGGCGGUACGUGGGUCCAUUGGGGACAAUCGAACACAUGGCGCGAGAUGUUGAGAUACCAGAUGAUGAACGAUGUUGAGAAGUCCUUUGACUUCUCGCACGGCGUCAAUCAUUACGAGCUGAAUAUUGGUCAGCAAGGUAGCACCAUGACUCACGAGAAAGAGGAUGAACUUAUCAUCUCAGCUUUGAACAAGUUUACGAACAUCGAUGGAGCCUAUGGAGGAAACAUUAUCCCUCUGCCAUACGAUACCUUCUAUGUCCCGGCGGCGAAAGAUCUCGACAAGCUCUCCGCCCAGGACCGAAUCAACGAGAUCGAGUCACAACUCUCGCCGCACGAGCGAGCAGUGCUGGAAUCGUUCAUUCUGCUCAGCAGUGGUGCCACACUUACUACUAUGAGCUUCCACGAGUUCAUGCACUGCGCCGGCAAGAAAGCAGCUAUUGCAACAGGUCACGCCAACCAAUGCGUCAAGGUUCACGCCGAGAUAUCUAACAAAGACCUAUGCUCAUGUACAGGCGUCACAUACCCGCACAACGAACUCAUGUACGCAAUCGGUGAUGGCACGACACCUGCAGGCAACACACACGUUGUCUGCUUCGGCGGUAGCAACAAACACAUUGAUCCUGAGGUCAACAUUGACGCGACAAAGCGCGCAGUAACGAACAUGUUCGUGCAACAGGAGAAGGAGCCUAAGAUCGAGAGGCUGGUGUUUCACAACUGGUCGAAGGACGAAUUCGCAAAGGGCGCGUGGUUCUUCCCACCACCUGGGCUGCUCGCCAACCAUCUCGACGACAUGAGAGCGAGACAUGGGAACGUGAUGUUCGCGAACGCAGAUUGGGCACUGGGCUGGAGGAGUUUCAUCGAUGGAGCGAUUGAGGAGGGAACCAGGGCAGCGUUCGAAGUCCAACGACCGCCUAGCGACAUCAAAGGCCAGAUCGCAUUUUGGAUCGGUGCCGAAGCUAAAUUGCCGCGUGUCACCCUGGUAUGA